AGACUGAUGGCAGCAGUACACUCUAGUAAUCUCUCACACUUGACAGGACCGUUCUCACAGGGACUCCUUAUAGAUCCUAUUUUCGACUCGAUAACGAUUAAAAUCAACGGAGCAUUGACAACUACGCUACCCAAGAAAAUGUGAUUCAAGGCAUAAUCACUGAAGAAUAUAAUAUUUGGUAGGUACCGAGACGAUAAGGUGCGCAAAUUGGCAAUGUGCUCGCGGAGUUUGAAAUUACGUUUGAACGCCCGAGCGUGGCAAGGCGAGACAACCAACUCCGGAGUACGAACUUGGUGCGAGCUGACGUUUAACUUUAUCAAUUUUCCGAACGCUACUAGAAUUCCCCGACUUCCAUUUCGCCAGCAGUCGGGAUACAUAUUGCAGAUCUCAGAUCUAGGAUCUGACAAUGAUCAGUGCCUAACCUGUGGAACAAUGUUUGGUCAACUCCAUACAUUACUAGUCAGUAUUGGAAGUGCACUAGUCCGUCUGUACCCAUCUCUUCAUGGCCUCGCUCUAUUCCACCGAGGUUUCAAGUCAUAUGUGACUACUGAUCGAAGGGCACUCGUCGAAGAGGAACCCCUCCCAGAAGUCCUUCGUGACAUGUCCCUCUUAAUGAGGGUACUAUGUUUUUUUGCACUAGGGCGUCCCGAUAUUCAAUACCAUUGAAAGUCGCUGCAAUCAGAGCAAGCCUUCGAAGUCGUCAGGGGUAGGUUGUGCUCUAUCCUGGUCAAUUCUCUUACCACCGCGGGCGUCCUCCUC